AAGAUAAUCCUCCUCUGUCAAUAAGUCUAAAUUGCAAUUCAAAACAAACAAACACGCCAUUCUUUUAAUUUUAAGCAGAGACGAAGACGAAGAAGAAGCGAGAAUGGCUUGUGCAGCAUCCACAUUGAUGCAAGUAUUCCAUUCUCACAAAUGCAAUCAUACUUUCCACCAGCUGACAAAUGCAAAUGCUUCUUCAAGCUUAUCACCAAAAUCAUGUUAUUAUUCAUCCUCCAAACGCCAUUAUUCCCCUCUCCGCCUUUCUUCCCCUUUUACUAUGCCUCUAUUCCCAGCUACAACGGCUACAUUGCAAAUGCGUUUCCGCCGCCGCUCCCUCAUCACCUCCAUGGCUAAGCAGGAUGUACAAGAGUUACAAUCCACAGUCACCACCAAGUGCUUUUUCGACAUUGAGAUUGGCGGCGAACCUGUUGGCCGCAUUGUACUCGGCUUGUUUGGAGAUGUCGUCCCCAAGACCGCCGAAAACUUUCGCGCUUUAUGCACAGGAGAUAAGGGAUAUGGUUACAAAGGAUGCUCUUUCCACCACAUCAUCAAAGAUUUCAUGAUCCAAGGAGGAGACUUCAUUGAAGGAAAUGGCACUGGAGGAGUAAGCAUUUACGGUUCUAGGUUCGAAGAUGAGAAUUUAGAUUUGAAGCAUGUGGGGCCUGGAGUGUUGAGCAUGGCUAACGCGGGUCCUGAUACCAAUGGCAGCCAGUUCUUCAUCUGCACUGUCAAGACUCCAUGGUUGGAUAAUCGCCACGUCGUGUUUGGACAUGUCGUUGACGGGAUGGAUGUGGUUCGGAAACUUGAAAGCCAGGAAACAAGCAGAUCAGAUACCCCUCGUUUGCCUUGCAGAAUCGUUAAUUGCGGAGAGCUGCCGAUGGAUGCCUGACUUUUCUGUGCUCUGUCUACACAUAUCAUGAAGUGCUUCUUUGAUAUUGUGGAUGCUGCUUAAGGCGUGAUCUGCCCCAGCCACCAGUUCUGAGCUUCCAACCUGCCCAAUCAACACCAACAGUUCCUUAAUAAUAAAAUCAGUCAUUUCUUUAAUUCAAAUUCAACGUCUCUUGUUUUAGCAUCGUUUCUAUUCCUAUGUUUCUUACAAACACCAGAUUCCUUUCUCAAUUCUCACGUUUAAUCUGGUUUAUCAAUAUACUAAUUUUAAUACUAAUA